CUUUUCAUAGCUUUCAGAGAUCUGAUCCAUGGCGAUAUCUCACGCCCAACCUGUUCUGCUUCUCCUCACGUCACUUUUUUUCUUACCUGCUUUGCGAGCCCGCACCAUCAAUUUUGAAAACUGCAAAGAUGUACAUAUUGACUACAACUACGGCAUCACGAACAUCACACGUGUGGAGAUCUAUCCGUACCCUGUUGGGCCUUAUGACGAGCCAACCAUUACCAUAUCAGGCUUUACAAGUGACGAUAGCGACAUCAUCUAUAGAGCAACUAUAAAUGUGCUGUAUAAAUAUGAAAAUGUGACUAGCUCUAUAAGAGAUUACGAUCUCAGUGAUGUGAUGGAUGAGGAUCCAUGCUCCAUUGAACCUGGCGAAAAAUUUGAGUUAACUCUUUCCAAAGUUCGUGGUAUGCAGUCACUCUCUCAUAAGGAUAAGUCCAAGAUUGUCGUAUCCGUUGUUGAUGAAUAUGGUGAUGACGCUGAAAGGCCACUGCUGAAAAUGUGCGUUGAGUUCGAUAACCCUGCUCCAACUACAACAUCAGUCUCUGCUUAGUUUAAAUCCAACUGGCUGAUAUGGAAAUAUGUUUUCAGUUUUUUAUAUGACUCUCCCGUUAAUUACUUGCAGUGUUUUUCCUUUUCAUGUUGUCCAAGUCCAACAAAUGAAAGAAAUAAUGAAUAUAUACACCCCUCUCGUUGAUUAGUUGCAUAUUUUUUAUACUCCGUAACUAUGUAAAAAAACAAAUAAGGCAUUUGCUAGAAGUUAGCUACAACAACAAAUCUGUGGCUAUAUUUUUAACUCGAAGACCUCCCAAUGUCGAUAAAAAACCAUAGCAUG